GGGCGCUGUUACACUGGCCGAGGUCUCGAGCCCGAGUCUGGGUUCAACACAUUAACGUGUGUGUGGUGUGUGUGUGUACGAGUGAGCGAGUGUGUGUGUAUAUCCAGUGAAAAUUACCCGGAGACGGACUGAGACAGUUUUUGACCGUACCAAUGUGUGUAGCCUAUAAAUAUAUGAUACCAACCCCGGCGGAAUCCUCUCGCGGACACAAGAGCGUAUCGAAAAUGAGGGAAUAAUCGGAGGAGACACACGGCCGAGGCUCGUCUGUAGCUAACGUUUUUUUUGUUGAACUGCGAGUGGGAUCACACAGCUGCUGGCUACGAAAAUGUCGGGAAAAAUAGAGAGCAAGCAAGACUCGCAGAGGUCCCAUCUGUCCUCCUUCACCAUGAAGCUAAUGGACAAGUUCCACUCUCCCAAGAUCAAGAGGACUCCUUCCAAGAAGGGCAAGCAACUGCAGCCCGAGCCAGCAGCCAAGACUACAGAGAAACCUGUCAACAAGAAGGUUAGUCGGCUGGAGGAGCACGAGAAGGAGGUGGUCAGUGCCUUGCGCUACUUCAAGACAAUCGUGGACAAGAUGGUUGUGGAGAAGAAGGUGCUCGAGAUGCUUCCAGGCUCUGCCAGCAAAGUGCUUGAGGCCAUUCUGCCUCUGGUUCAGGUCGAGGCCAGGAUACAGCACAGUUCGGCGCUGUCUUCGUGCCAUAACCGUGUGUAUCAGAGUCUGGCCAACCUCAUCCGUUGGGCGGACCAGGUGAUGCUGGAUGGCAUUGACCUGGAGGACAAGGAAAAUGUGGCGUCUGUCACCAGUGUCAUCAAAGCAGUGUUGGAUGGAGUAAAGGAACUGGUCAAGUUGACCAUAGAGAAACAGGAGCAGCCGUCACCAACCACCCCAAACAAACCUGCACCACCUGCUACUACCACAGCAGAGAGCAGCGUGUCAUCGGAGAUGCCCUUGAUAGAUCGGGAGCAGGAGGUCUCGAAUAAGACAGCUCCAGAAGCUACCCCUGCAGAGGCUACCUCUGACAUACCAGAUGAGGACGUAGCCCCUCCCAAACCUCCGCUUCCUGAGGCCAAAAUGGCAGAGCUCAGAGCACAGUUGAGUGCUGAUGCUGGCCAAAGGAGACCCUCUCAGAAGGAGAACCCUCCACCUGCCCUUCCGCCGAAGAAGCGUCAGUCAGCCCCUUCGCCUACACGGGUCGCAGUGGUCGCCCCAAUGAGCCGUGGCUCCAGUCUGCCCUGCAGUGUCCACAGACAGCAGCAGGACUAUGAGCAAGAGUUCCUUCAGAGGCGUUUCUCUGGGGGGAGCCAGUCCUAUGGCGGUGACUCUCCACGACUGUCUCCGUGCAGCAGCAUGGGGAAACUCAGCAAGUCUGAUGAGCAGCUCUCUUCCAUGGAGCAGGAUAGCGGUCAGUGUUCCCGUAACACCAGCUGUGAGACGCUUGACAACACAGAGAAUUACGACCCGGAUUAUGACUUCCUCCACCAGGACUUGUCAGUUGGGGAUAACCUACCCCCGAUACCAGUGGGAGGGUGCCUGAGCCCCCUGCCCGAGUCUCACAGCGAGUCCUCCUCCCCAGUCCCCGGACAGCAUCCCUCACAUCCUCGCUUCAGCGCUCCACCGCCCCAGCAGCAGCCUGAAUACUGGACCCCGCAGCCCAAUCAAACCAAUCCCUUACAGUCCCGCAUCAGCGCACCUCCUGCCCUGCCCCAGAAGAAGCGGCGCAGCACACAGACGCCGCCCUUCCCUGACGCAGGAUCCAGGGUGCUGUACGAACGCUACCCCUCCCAAUAUGACAACUUGUCAGAAGAGGAGCGGCACCCUACACCGCCAUUUCCCCUUUUCACGCCCAUUUCACCCAUGCCCCAGACAAAUGGGGGCGUGUUCGUCGCCCAGUACAUCGCCAGCGAGAAUGCAGAUGUCCCCGCCAGCCCACCCCCACUGCCAGAAAAGAAAAGCAGACACAUCCUCCAGUACAUGCAGUUUGUGGAAGACUACUCUGAGCCGCAGCCCUCCGUCUUCUACCAGAUGCCGCAGAGCGAGAGCAUCUACGAGCAGCGCAACAAGCGCUUCCAGGAGGUCUACGGCUUCAACGACUCCUUCAGCAGCACUGAUUCAGUGCAUGAGCCAGUGCAGCCUCCAGCGCUGCCCCCAAAACAAAGGCAACUGGCCUCCCACUCUUCCUCCCCCUCUUCUUCCUCUUCUUCUUCUCUCUCCUGCCACCUCCAGCCGUCUGUCGCGGCCAUGGAGGAGGCGGGCUCUGGGCUGGGCCUCAGCAUGUCCGUUUCUAACUCCUACCUGAUUGGUCAAGCGUCCUUGACCACACCCACGAGCUUGGACCAGGUUGCCUUGACCAAUGCCACCAUUCUGGAUGGCAGCGGGGGCGGGCCCAACGGUUCCCUGGCUGGCUCAGUGGGCUCUGUGGCUGUCUGUCUUCCUUCUGAGUCUUCUCUCACUGACUCUCUCCACACCUCAGCGAGCGAGAGCGCGAAUGACGAGGGCGGGGAGGGGGAGUACGUCAACUUGUACUCAUCCAGCCAGGCCAAUGGGGAGCUGCCUCUCUCCCUCAGAGAAACGAUCACGGCUGACGAUGUACUUCAAGACCCCACCCCUCAGAUGCCAUCCACCAACAGCAAAGAGGCUUUGGACAAGGAGAGGAGGCAGAAGUCGACGGAGUCGGCUGGGAGCGACGAGGAAGACGUGGACGAGCUCUCCCUCAUAGACCACAAGGAGAUUAUGAGCAGAAUAACACUAAAACAAGAAAAUGAUGACGGCCCAGACGUUCGUGCUGGAUCAGGAGAUAUUCUAUUAGUCCACGCUACAGAAACAGACCGCAAAGAUCUUGUUUUGUACUGUGAAGCCUUUCUGACAACAUAUAGGACUUUUAUAACCCCCGAGGACCUCAUUAAGAAGCUACACUACAGAUACACUAGGUUCUGCCACAGUCCAGACACCUUCAAGAAGCGAGUCAGCAAGAACACGUUCUUUGUGCUGGUUCGUGUGGUUGAUGAGCUGUGCUUGGUGGAGCUGACGGAGGACAUCUUGAAACAGCUGAUGGACCUGGUGUUCACGCUGGUGUGCAACGGCGAGCUCAGCCUCGCCCGUGUGCUCCGCAAGAACAUCCUGGAUAAGGUGGAGCAGAAGAAGCUGCUGCGCUACACUAACUCCCUCAAGCCACUCGCUGCCCGAGGGGUCUCUGCAAGGCCUGGAACUCUCCAUGACUUCCGCAGUCAUGAGAUCGCCGAUCAGCUCACUCUCCUCGAUGCUGAGCUUUUCUAUAAAAUUGAGAUUCCUGAGGUACUGCUUUGGGCCAAGGAGCAGAAUGAGGAGAAGAGUCCGAACCUGACUCAGUUCACAGAGCACUUUAACAACAUGAGCUAUUGGGUCCGCUCUCUGAUAAUCCAGCAGGAGAAAGCCCAAGACAGAGAGAAGCUGCUUCUCAAGUUCAUAAAGAUAAUGAAGCACUUAAGAAAGUUGAAUAAUUUCAACUCCUACUUGGCAAUACUGUCCGCCCUGGACUCUGCCCCCAUCAGGAGACUGGAGUGGCAGAAACAGACCUCAGAGGGAUUGGAGGAAUAUUGCACGUUGAUUGACAGCUCCUCCUCCUUCAGAGCAUACAGAGCUGCUCUGGCUGAAGUGGAGCCUCCAUGCAUCCCGUACCUGGGUCUUAUUCUCCAGGACUUGACCUUUGUCCACCUCGGGAACCCCGACCUCAUUGACGGGAAGGUCAACUUCUCCAAACGCUGGCAGCAGUUCAACAUCCUGGACAGCAUGCGACGCUUCCAGCAAGUGCAUUAUGAACUGAAGCGCAACGAAGACAUCGUCUCAUUCUUCAACGACUUCAGCGACCACCUGGCGGAGGAGGCGCUGUGGGAGCUGUCGCUGAAGAUCAAGCCCAGGAACAUCACCAGGCGCAAGACGGACCGCGAGGAGAAGACCUAGGGCCCGUGGGCCUUUUCCAAGACUGACCUCCAACUGUGCUUCAUGACACUAACUCCACUUUACUACAGACUGAGAGAAAAGACGAAUGGAAGCUAUACGCUGGAGCUAAUGGGAGACUCAUUGUGGGGGAGGCUGAACAAACUACAGACGACUGAAGCGUGGCCGAGGUUUACAAAGAGCUCCGCGGCUCUGGGAGAUUAUAAUUGGGAUUACUGUGGCUCUGGCGUUUUAGACGGGGGAAGAGAUUCAGUGACUAUGGUGAAGCUGGGAGGAAGCCUGGUGCCAAGGAGUGAGCGACGAGUCACACAGAGCGGACAGGGAGACGCUACGGAAAUAACCAAAGUCUGCUCCCUGGGCUCUCUGUUUUAGAGUGGAGCUGUUGCGUGUGUGUGUGAGAUUGAGCUGAAUGGUCCAUUACUCCUCGAGUUGCCCCUUCCUCUUCCUUUAUGUAUGUGCCAUUUGUUGGUCAUCUUCUGCAACCCAUCUCCUCGUCUCACCCUCCCCGAACAGCAGAAACUCCAGAGCCGCCUGCCCUGAACUGUGACGUCAAGACGCAGGCCGGCCUACCUGAGAGUCUGCUGUGGGUGGGGUGGGGGGGAUGUGAGGGGAUCUGAACUUGAAGAGGGGAUGACCGUUAGAGACUGAGUUUGUUUUGAGACAUUUUGUGUAAGAAUCAUGUAUGGUUAUGAAAUGUAUUAUAUACAGUGCUCCUUUUGUUCUUAAAAAGGAUGUUUAUGCUUAUGAGAAGAGCUUAGCUUCUCCCAAAGUGCCAUACAUAUGUGCACUAAAAAAAGCAAAGCAAAAACACAAAAAAGAUAAAUUACUAAAGAUGCUGUGAUCUAUGUAUGUCAUACUGAAUCAUUGUGUGCCGUGUUCAGGUGUAGAGAACCAUCGGGCAGUUCACAAUCACAUCCCAGUCCCAUGUCGGUGUGUGAACGAGUGUUUGCGUGCGACUGAAGUCCUCGGCGGCUUGUGUGUUUGUCAUUCCAAAAUGUGCUGUAGUAAAAUCAUUUUUCGAUCCCUUUUCGGGGAUAAUGGUCAAAACCAACACAUCACACUGUGCUAUCAAACUCCAAUAAAACAAACAGCUCUGUUUCUAUA